UUGCAGUUUGGCAGCAAACAUGAUUGCAUUCACACACCUGUGCCUUCUCGUAGCCGCAGCCGUCGGAGUCAAUGCCGCUUCCCGACAAGAUUCUAACCGCUUCAUCGAUGAUCUUCUGAGCGUUCGGCUCCCGUCGGUGCCUGGCAUCAACGCGGUCGCUCUGGACGAUUUCAAAUUUAAAAUCAAAAAAGAGCUCGAGCUGGGAGUUCUGCCCACCCAUCGGGACAUCAAAGCUAAUUUCACCAAUGGAGUCUUGAACGGUCUUGGCAACUUGAGGAGGAGAGAUAACUGUGAGCCGACCGUCGGGAUCGCCUCGGGCAUUCUGCUCUCUUGCCCGAUUGAUCUCAGCUCAUUGGAAGCAAAAUAUACCUCGUUCGUGAAAGGCUUCAACAUCGUCGGUCAAGUCAAAGAGAUAAGUGUAACGGUGAAGAUUCUAUCUUCCUUCAUCAAUUUCGAGGUACAACAGGAUUCGAGCCAACAGCCUUUCGUGAAAACAUUCCUUGUGGACAGAAUCUUGACGAAGAUAGAAAUGCCUGACAUUGGAUUCAACGAGGAACGUCAGACUAAAUUCAAGAGUGAGGUCGACAAGGCCGUGCAGCCAAUCCUCAUCAAUGUACUCAGCGGGAAACUACUCGACUCCAUCAAUGUUGCACUUAAAGGCGGAGACCUCCGGCUGCCUCCCGUGUAGGACGCUCCGCGCAGCCAGGAGGGGUAUUCGCCCCUCACGUAAUUCGAGCUCCAUUCUGGACCCGACUGAGCCAAAAAAUUACCGAGUAUGGCGGGUCAUGAUCGGUCCAUCAUAAUGCUUGUAAUUUGAGUGGGAAAUCAUAUUGGACCCAGUGUAGUCUGUCGCCGAAGAUCUGAUCGACUCUCGAACGGCUACAAUCAAAUCGAAUAAAGCGAUUCGCUGUGAGAUCUGGGGAAA